AUGGCGUCUCCCGUUGCUUCGGCUGCCCUCCGGGCUCGCGUUCGCCGUCCGUCCAUGCUGAACAAGCUCACCCGUCCCCAGGACCUCCUCCACCACUUUCCCAAUGGUGCCUACAUCGGCUGGUCCGGCUUCACCGGCGUCGGCUACCCCAAGAAGAUGCCCACCUACCUCGCCGACCACGUCGAGCAGAACAGCCUUCAGGGUCAGCUCAAGUACAGCCUCUUCGUCGGUGCCUCGUCUGGCGCCGAGACCGAGAACCGCUGGGCCGGCCUCGACAUGAUUGAGCGUCGCAGCCCUCACCAGGUCGGAAAGGCCAUCUCCAAGGGUAUCAACGAGGGCAGGAUACACUUCUUCGACAAGCAUCUGUCGCAGUUCCCCGUCGACCUCGUCUACGGCUUCUACACCAAGGACCGCCCGAACAAGGGUAUCGACGUCGCCAUCGUCGAGGCCACCGACAUCAAGGAGGAUGGCAGCAUCGUUCCCGGUGCCUCCGUCGGUGCUACCCCCGAGCUCGUCCAGCUCGCCGACAAGAUCAUCAUCGAGGUCAACACCUCUCUGCCCAGCUUCGAGGGACUCCACGAUAUCACCAUGACCGACCUGCCCCCGCGCCGUAAGCCCUACCUCAUCAUGGGCGUCGAGGACCGCAUCGGUACCACCUCCAUCCCCAUUGACCCCGAGAAGGUUGUCGGUAUCAUCGAGUCCGACUACCAGGACCAGACCGCCCCCAACUCCCCCGAGGACGCCAACUCCCAGGCCAUUGCCCGUCACCUCAUCGAGUUCUUCGAGCACGAGGUCAAGCACGGCCGUCUGCCCAAGAACCUGCUGCCUCUGCAGUCCGGCAUUGGCAAUAUUGCCAACGCCGUCAUCGGUGGCCUGAAGGACUCCAACUUCUGGAACCUCAAGGUCUGGACUGAGGUUAUCCAGGAUACCUUCCUCGACCUUUUCGACUCCGGUCACCUUGACUUUGCCACUGCCACCUCCGUUCGUUUCUCUCCCGACGGUUUCAAGCGCUUCUACGACAACUGGGAGUCGUACCAUGACAAGCUCCUCCUCCGCAGCCAGCAGGUCUCCAACUCCCCCGAAAUCAUCCGUCGCCUCGGUGUCAUUGGCAUGAACACUCCCGUCGAGGUUGACAUCUAUGCCCACGCUAACAGCACCUGCGUUAUGGGUUCCCGCAUGCUCAACGGUCUCGGCGGUAGCGGAGAUUUCCUCCGCAACGCCAAAUACAGCAUCAUGCACACUCCCUCUACUCGCCCUUCCAAGACUGACCCCCACGGUGUUUCUACUAUCGUCCCCAUGUGUACGCAUGUCGAUCACACGGAAAGCGAUUUGGACGUUAUCGUCACUGAGAACGGUCUUGCGGAUGUUCGUGGCCUCAGUCCGCGUGAACGAGCCCGCCUCAUCAUCAAGAAGUGCGCCCACCCAGUGUACCAACCUAUUCUUGAACGGUACUUCGACAAGGCUGAGUUUGAGUGCCUGCGCAAGGGUAUGGGUCACGAGCCCCAUUUGCUGUUUAACUCGUUCGAUCUCCAUCGCGCCUUGGUCGAGGAGGGAAGCAUGCAAAAGGUCAAGAGUUUCUAG